CCUGCGUCCCUCCCCCGGCCCGCUCGCAGGCUGGAGCCCGGGUCAGCUUUGGCACCUUCCUUUAGUCAGUGACCAACUCCUUGCCUAGUGAGCUCGCCGCUAGCCCCUGGGUUCCCUUCCAGCCUCUCUCCCGCCACAAGAGCGAGCCCCGCGGCCGGCAGGCUGAAGGGGAGCAAAGAAAGGAGGAUUAGAAAGAAGAAAGACCUGGCUGGGUCUGGGUGGUGUCUGCAGUGCCAGAAAGGGAGGUGGCGGCGGCUGCGGCAGCUGCGACCACGGCCGCGCGGGACGUGAGGCCCAACAGCAGCCGGCGGCGGCGGCGGCGGAGGCGGCCACUUCAGCGCCUCGCGCCGGGGCCGUUAGUCAGCAGAACGCGAACCCGUGUGGAGGAGCAGGGCCGGCGCGAGGCGAGACUCGGGAGCGCGAGCCGGCCCCCUCGGGCGCCGCCGUCCUUUCUCGUCCCGGCGCCGGGGGCUGCAGCCCUCGUCCCGCUUCUUCGGCCGGGCCUCCGGCAGGCCGGGGGAGUCCGGCGGCGGCAGCAGCGCGGAUCGCGCCUUGUUGAGGACAGCGCGGCGGCAGAGGUUCUCCCGGCCCUUUCUGCCUGACGCCUUGGCUGCGGCCCUCAGUGACUUCAUGAUCUUCAGAAAAGAACAUCAAAGCUGUGAAUUGAUAAAUGUCAGUCCAGGUUUUUGCCAUCUCGUGGUGAAGGACCCCAUCUUUCCUCUUGCUCCAGAAGAUGAAUAAUCUUUCGUUUAGUGAGCUAUGUUGCCUCUUCUGCUGUCCACCUUGUCCAGGGAAAAUUGCUUCAAAAUUAGCGUUUUUGCCACCUGAUCCAACUUACACGCUGAUGUGUGAUGAAAGCGGAAGCCGCUGGACUUUACAUCUAUCAGAACGAGCAGACUGGCAAUAUUCUUCUAGAGAAAAAGAUGCUAUUGAGUGUUUCAUGACUAGAACCAGUAAAGGCAACAGAAUUGCCUGCAUGUUUGUGCGUUGCUCACCCAAUGCCAAAUACACUUUACUGUUUUCACAUGGAAAUGCUGUUGAUCUUGGUCAGAUGAGCAGCUUUUACAUAGGACUGGGAUCACGGAUUAAUUGUAAUAUAUUCUCAUAUGAUUAUUCUGGAUAUGGUGCGAGUUCUGGGAAACCAACAGAGAAGAACCUCUAUGCAGACAUAGAAGCUGCUUGGCUUGCUCUUAGGACAAGAUAUGGCAUUCGCCCUGAAAAUGUGAUUAUAUAUGGCCAAAGUAUAGGGACAGUACCAUCUGUGGAUCUUGCUGCUCGGUAUGAGAGUGCUGCUGUUAUUCUUCAUUCUCCUUUGACCUCAGGAAUGCGAGUCGCUUUUCCUGAUACCAAGAAGACUUACUGUUUUGAUGCAUUCCCAAACAUUGACAAAAUCUCUAAGAUAACCUCUCCAGUAUUAAUAAUUCAUGGGACUGAAGAUGAAGUCAUUGACUUUUCACACGGCCUCGCAUUGUUUGAGCGUUGCCAAAGACCUGUGGAGCCUCUGUGGGUUGAAGGGGCAGGUCACAAUGAUGUGGAACUUUAUGGACAAUAUCUUGAAAGAUUGAAACAGUUUGUGUCACAGGAACUGGUAAAUUUGUAAAAUAUUCUGUAAAUUUGCAUACUGGGUUUUCUUUCUUGCUGAACUGCACUCUUUGGUAAAUAACAUAAAACCUGAAGGUUUUGUUUGCAAAUCAUGUCAGUUGCCUUCAUAAAUGUACAGGUAAUGAUUUGUUAACAGACUUAAUGAAGGUUUUAAUUACCAAACUAGAAACUGGAAAUAACAGUAUCAUGCAGUCAGGCUGUGUAAUUUAUAUUUUUUCUGUGAAUUUUUUUUUUAAUAUCAAGAUGAGUACUGUAUGAAAUUUUAAUUCUAUAAAAUCAAAUGCUAUAAAAGUAUUGCCAAAUGCUUUUGCAUAUCAGAAACAAAUUUAUAAAUAUUUUUAAAACAUCUCAAUGUACUAAAUCUUAUCCUGGAAUAAAAUGUAAUAUUCUUUAAAAAAAAAGUAUAUCUAAAACAAUUCAAGUACUCAUAAUAGAAUAAACUAUGAAAACAUGCAAGUUCACUAAAGAUGACCUAAACCCUGUUGUACAGGGAUAAAAAUGUAAAAGGUUAUUUUAUUGUAAAAUACAUUGAAUUUUCUGUAUUCCCUGGUUAUCAUACAUUUUCUCCUUUAAAAAAAAAGUCUUAAUUUUUAUGCCAUCUAUUAAGUUACCAGCUAGUUACCUUGUAAAUGAGAAGUCACAAUAGCACUGAAUUUUAAAUAGUUUUGAUUUAUAAGUUUGGUACUAUGAGGCAACUACUUACAAUUUUCAUUUUGGUAAUUUAAAAGGCAUUUAGAACUUCAAGAAUGAUUUUGUACGCAAUGUUCUUUUAAAUUGACUAAUCUCGUAGAAAAGCAGUACCGUCAUUAUUAGAAAACCUGAAAGUCAUUAGAUGUUCUUUAAGUCCACGAACAGACUGGUUAUUUGAUCCCCUUUCACUUUGACUAUUUUUAAGAAUAGGACCUGUUGUUUUGGAUUACUAUCUGAGAAUUUCAUGGAUUUACUCCUGGAUGCAGGAGAUAAGAAAACAUUUAAUUCAUAACUUUUAUAUUAACCGAUGUAGUAAAAAAAUAAAGCUCACACACAAAAACUAAGUUGCCUUUCCUUGAAUGAAUCCUGCUUGAAUAAAAUAAUGAAAGAAAAAUAAAAAUAAAAUUAAUGGUAUGUAGUCUAAUUUGUAAAUGAAUGAAUAUUGAAAUAAUACACACUGUGGAUAUAUUUUACGGCCUUAUGUAGUUUUAAUUGUUCUGCUUGUUCUGUGGUUAUGUCUAAGACUAUAGUAUCUGAUUCCCUUCAAAGAAUAUCAAGUAUUGUGAAUGCUUUGGUUCAGAUGUGUCAAAUUAACAGUAAAACAAAAAUAUG